AUGGUUGAUGACCUGUAAAUUAUGUGCAAGUACUUCAAAGAGGGGUGCGAUAAGUUAUUUAAAGUGGGUGAGCUAAAGCAGCAUUCUGACACUUGCAUUUAUUAUCCUUUGAUUUGCCAAAAUUCAGGGUGUGAUUUCAUUGGGGCUAGACAUUUAAUGAGAGAUCAUUCCUAGCAGUGUGAAUACAAAACUGAGAUCUGCUAGAAGGGAUGUCAAAAAGUCCUCAAACAAAGUGAGAUAAUCAAUCAUAAUUGCAUUGCUUCACUUACAGCUGAAGUUAAAAUGCUUAGAGCUAAUGAGGAAUUGCUUAGAGAUGAUGUAAUAAAGCAGCAAGAAUCUAUCAAAGAACUUUCAUGCGCUUUACAGCUGAAAAAUUAUAUACAUGAAAAUAUUGCUUGCUAUGAAUGCAAUAUGGAUCCAAUUAAGACAGAUAGGUUUAAGUGCUAGCAGUGCUAGGACUUUGACAUCUGUCUAUAUUGCUACUGUCGUGGCAGUCAUCCAAAGACUCAUAAAUUUACAGUACUUGGUCCACUCGGGGUGGCAAUCAUUAAGGAAAGUGACGUGGCAUACUUCCAAAAGCGAGGCUAAAUCUUAAAGAAAGAAAUCUUCUUCAGGAACAUGGGUGAAGAGCUUGAACUCACUGUAAGACCUUAUAAUAAAGGCUUGGGUGGUGAAAAUUAGCAAUAGCCAGUUCACUUGUCAGAAUUCCAGUCAACUUACAUCUAAGUGCCUUAGAAUGAAUAUGGAAGUGUCUAUUUCCACUUUAUCGUCUAGAAUGAUGAUGGAAAGUAUUCAGCUAAGUUUAGACUCUACUGCCGAAAGAGAAAUGAGUACUUCGGAAUGCCAAUUACCAUAAACUAUCAAGUCUCAGGAGUGAGUGUAUAACAAUGA